UGUGGUGGCACUCACCGUGGAAAUGUCGCGUCUCUCCCGUCCACAGUCCCUCCCUGGACUGCACGUUCCUCUCCAGGCACAGCACCGCCCCCAAGAUGCUCUUUGGAUCUUCUGGACUCCUGCCCCUCGGCCUCCUGGCUAGCGUGGCCCUGGGUGCUCCCUCGCCCGUGUCCCCGCGCGAGGCCCCUCGCGGCUUCGUGACGGUCGAGGGCCAGAAGUUCAAGCUUGACGGCAAGGACUUUUACUUUGCCGGCUCCAACGCCUACUACUUUCCAUUCAACGGUAACCAGGCCGACGUGGAAAAGGGCCUGCAGGCUGCCAAGGAUGCCGGCCUCAAGGUCUUCCGCACCUGGGGGUUCAACGACAAGAACCAGACCUUCAACCCCAGCGGCCUGCCCAAGUACAACUCCGCCAACGAGGUUACGUUCCAGACCUGGGCCAACGGCCGCUCGACCAUCAACGUGCAGCCGUUCGACAAGGUGGUCAACGCGGCCUCCAAGACGGGCAUGAAGCUCGUCGUAGCCCUGACCAAUAACUGGGCUGAUUACGGCGGCAUGGACGUGUACACGGUCAACCUGGGCGGGAAGUACCACGAUGACUUCUACCGCGAGCCGCGCAUCAAGGACGCCUUCAAGCGCUACGUGCGCGAGAUGGUGACGCGCUACAAGGACAGCCCGGCCGUCAUGGCGUGGGAGCUCGCCAACGAGCCCCGCUGCGGCGCCGAUGCGAACCGCAACCUGCCGCGCAGCGGCAACUGCACGCCCGCCACCAUCUCGGCCUGGAUCGACGAGAUGAGCGCCUUUGUCAAGUCCAUCGACCCCAACCACCUCGUGACCUGGGGCGGCGAGGGCGGCUUCAACGUGGCCGGCGGCAGCAGCGACGGCUUCUACAGCGGCUCCGACGGCGGCGACUUUGACCACGAGCUGGCGCUGCGCAACAUCGACUUUGGCACCUUCCACACCUACCCGGACUGGUGGGGGAAAUCCGUCGCCUGGACGAACCAGUGGAUCCGCGACCACGCCGCCUCGGGCCGCAAGGUCGGAAAGCCCGUCGUGCACGAGGAGUACGGCUGGAUGACGCCCGGCGCCCGCAAGGACCAGACGGGUACUACGCGGCCCGAGUCGCGCCUCGAGGUCAUCGGCGGCUGGCAGAAGGUUCACAUCGACGAGAAGAUGCCAGACAUGUACUGGCAGUACGGCUACUCGGGCUACUCGUACGGCCGCAACCACGACGACGGCUUCACCAUCUUCCUCGAGGACGCCGAGGCCCGGCAGCUGGUGUACUCUCACGCCAAGGCUAUGAACGCCUUGAACUGA